ACAUGGUUGAAACUUUAUCCAGUGCCUGUACAAAGUGGUGUAUGAUUGGUUGAAUGAAAUACGCGGUAAAAUAAUUCGAAGGUAUCGCGAGAUUAAUAGAAAUUAUCAUGAUUGUUGGUUACGACAAACUCAAGGCCAUUGAAAAUGAUGCACACCGUUUUGAGGGUAAUUACAUGGUUUCAAUGCACAUUGCAGUUUCAAUGAAACCGUCAAACAGAUAAGUAAGUGAAGACGUCACCCAUCUUAUUUAGAAAGUAAAUUACAUUAUUUUUUUUUACUUUUUUACAUAGAAAAUUACAAACAUUUCUAUUAAGGUUAGAAGUUGUAUAUUAGUUGAAUUGCUAAUUACCGUAUCUUAUUUAAAUGUUUCGCAAAUUUAAUACUGUGCGGUUAGUUUUUGGUGCUGCGUAUUCGUCCACAGAGGCAUCUGUUAUUCCAGCUAAACUAUCCAGAGUGGAACAGUUUAGAGAAUUAUUAGACAGCACAUCUAAUAAUGAUAUUCUUACGGAUUCAUUUGGAAGACAUCACACUUACUUACGUAUUUCAAUUACUGAACGUUGCAAUCUGCGAUGUUUAUAUUGUAUGCCAGCAGAAGGGGUUAAGCUAACAAAAAAUGAUGGUAUUUUAAAAACAGAAGAAAUAAUUAAAAUAGCAGAUUUAUUUGUCAAAGAAGGUGUACGCAAAAUACGUUUAACUGGUGGUGAACCAACUGUUAGGAAAGAUAUUGUUAACAUUAUUGCUGGCUUAAAACAGUUGCCUGAUUUAAAGCAGGUUGCAAUCACUACCAAUGGGUUAACAUUAACACGUCAGUUACCUGCUUUACAACAAGCUGGGUUAGAUGCAUUAAAUAUUUCAUUAGAUACUUUAAAAGAAAAUCGUUUUGAGCAAUUCACCCGUAGGAAGGGUUGGUCUAGAGUUAUAGCUGCAAUAGAUCUGGCUAUUCAAUUGGGUUAUAAUCCUGUGAAGGUGAAUUGUGUUGUAAUGAAAGGUUUUAAUGACGACGAACUGAUCGAUUUCGUAAAUUUAACAAAGGAUCGUCCAAUUGAUGUGCGUUUCAUUGAGUACAUGCCUUUUCAAGGAAAUGAAUGGAAUCAGAAUAAAAUGCUUUCCUUUAAUGAUAUGAAAACAAUUAUUAGGAAUGUAUAUCCCGAGCUACAACGUCUUCCAAAUGAAUUCAAUGAUACAUCGAAAGCAUAUCAUGUUCCUGGAUUUACAGGGCAAAUUGGAUUUAUUACGUCUAUGAGCGAACAUUUUUGUAGUUCAUGUAAUCGAUUGAGGAUAACAGCAGAUGGAAAUUUAAAAGUAUGUUUGUUCGAGGGAAAAGGUGAAGUAUCCCUCAGAGAUGCUUUACGUAACGGAGCGACUGACGAUGACUUGAAGGAAAUAAUCGGAGCUGCGGUACGACGUAAGAAAAAGCAGCAUGCAGGAAUGUUUAAUCUAUCCCAGAUGAAAAACCGGCCAAUGAUUCUAAUCGGGGUUGAAAAGAUACGCGUACACGUCAGAAGUGAUAAGAAUUCACGAAACAAUAAGUCGCGUAAUUUAACAGGCGCGAGAAUUUUGUUAAAUAAUUAUGCAAGCAUAAGACUAUUUUCUUCGUUGUCGCACGUGGACGAAAGCGGUAAAGCAAGCAUGGUAGACGUUGGUUCGAAAAUUGAAACUAAACGCGUCGCGAUAGCGAGAGGAAUCGUACAGGUUGAUUCGACUAUAAGUAAAUUGAUAAACGAGAAUAAUAUAAAGAAAGGAGACGUGUUGUCUAUAGCACAGUUGGCGGGAAUUAUGGGAGCUAAACGUACCCCUGAUUUGAUACCCUUGUGUCAUCAACUUUCGUUAUCCUACGUGAACGUGCACUUGCAUUUAAACGCAGAAUUACAUCGAGUAGAAAUUACAGCAGAAGUUAGGUGUACUGGUAAGACUGGUGUAGAAAUGGAAGCUUUAACGGCCGUAACUAUUGCGGCAUUAACAGUAUAUGAUAUGUGCAAAUAUGCGGCUUCUCCGAAAUCGAUGAAAAUAACUAACAUAGAAUUAGUUUCAAAAACCGGUGGUACCAAGGGUGAUUUUAUUAGGAAUUAACCAUUCCAAAUUAUCGCAUAAUAUAUGUACAAUCGAGGGAUUCCGUAGUGUAUUAUAUGGGCCACAGUACUAUUUAACUCGUUAAGCGUUUAUGUACGUUUCUAUUUUCUCAUUAUACAUAUAAUUGUUAUUGUUAAAAGGGUUUCUACCGAUAUACGUGCGCAUGUACCUCGAAGAAUAAGAAAUUUUAUUUAAUCAACGUAUACCGGUUACGUUAAGCAAAAUAUUGUUAUGCAAGAACAUAAAGUUCGGUUUAUACAAUUGUUUUGUAAUCUUUACAUAUUGAAUGGUAAUCGGUGUAUGUAUUUGUUGAAUUCUUAUUAAAAUGUUAAAUUAUAA